CUCGCGUGCACUGUUUACAUAGACUUAGUCGUGCUCGAACGAAAAGUGCUGGGUAUUUUUUUUUAUUCAAAGUCGGUCGAAAUUUCAAAGCGAAGCGGAAAUCGAAGACGAAGUGGGCGGCAAACUUGUUUACAUGACCUAGCAGCUGCUCGCUGAACCCGAACGAAAACGAAGCCGUGCUGCUGGCGGAGAUGGUCAAGCAAUGCCUCGUUCCGACGCUCAAGCAAAGCCCUGGAAUGACCUACUGGGAACCGACCACCAAGGACAUGCAAAUCCCGGAAAACUACCGCACCGUCUUUCGACCGCUUAUGCUCCAGCUCCAGCUCCCGAGGACGUGGUCAAGUUCAACCUCGAGCGCUGCAACCUCGCCCUCCUCCACCAACAAAACACCGGCAGAUUCUUCAUCGUCCUGUUUGAGAAGAAAAAGAAGCUGCUCUCGGAGGUUUUCCACCAGAAACCGCCGUCGAAGACCUGCGAAGCGGAACCACCCCAAAAGAAGCUAAAACGCUACCACCGCAACCCGCUCAACCUCCUGACUCGGUGCCGCGAAGACAAAAAGAAGAACACUUACUGGCCCAGGAGGGUCUCCAGAUUGUUAACGGAUGUAUCGGCGCAGGAUGGAGCACGCGUAUUUUAAAGGACGACUUGAUCAAGCUGCUGUUUAAAAACGAUCCGGAGAAGCCGCCGGAAAUCGAAGGGCUGGGCGAGGAAGGAGUUGGAACUGUGCAGAUGUGUGUCGGAGUUUCGGCGGAUCCGUUUGCGGUGCGGAACUAUUAUCCUCCUCGUGAGCAAUUCUUGCCGUGGGCCUGACGGAAAAGGACAGUUUGUCCUUGGUCCAAACUAGUACCAAUAAUUAGGAUAAAGCUUCGAUUUCUUAGAAGUUGUUAAUGAAAUAAAAUUAAAUUCAAGAGUUUUUUUUAAUAGGUCCUAGAAACAUAUGAA